ACUUGUAGCUACAAGUAAACUAUGAACGUAAAAGACAUUCUUUCCAUCGAUACUCAGCGCACGUAUAUUGACGUUGAUCGUGAGAGCUAGCUACUCCAGCACGUGAUGGGUCAGGAGGCUGGCAAGUCCGCCUGGCCCAAACCAGCAGGAGGCUACCAGACGAUCACGGGGAGAAGAUAUGGCAGGAGGCAUGCAUAUGUUAGCUUUCGGCCAUCGCUAACCAGGCACAAAACUGCUUCCAAAGACGACCACAUGGACUGGCAGGAAAUGGAAAUGGACAGCGUGAAUGGGGAGAGUUCUAUAUCUUCAAAGGGAAACAUCUCUUCGAUGCUUCAAGCCAUCUUCCCUGUGUCCUCCAAUAUGGUUCACCCAGAAACUAAACUGAAUGCAGAAGCACCCGGCAGAACACAGGCGGACUCGCUAAAAGGUGCCGAGCCGUCUGCCUUCAGCUACAAAAAGCUGAAGGGCGGCCAGGCUGCGGACUGCGAUGCCGAGCACCUGUUUGGCUCAAAGAAAAGCUCGGAGGCCUGCGCAUGGCCCACUCUGGAGGACGAGGACAAUCCCUCCAGCCCGAGCGUGCUGAGCUUUGUAAAUAUUGACUCUUACGAGCCGGAGAGCAGCGACGGGGAGGAGGACGAGCUGAGCGCCGACCCGUCGCUGGGCCUGCAGAGGAGGCUGGAUGACAUGAUCUGCGAGCUGGGGAAGGAGUUUGACUACCUCAGCGGCCUGCACUCGUACCUGUGCGCGAAGUCGCCGGGGGGCUCCUCCUCCGAGGGGGACGGCGAGGAGCCCGAUGGCGCGCCCGGCCGGGGGAGCCCCCGGGCGGACGAGGACGGCGCCCGCCCGUCCAACGCGGUCAGCGACGGGCCGGAGGAGCCGGAGGGGUCCCUCGCCGGCGUUUCGCCGGUCGGCCAGGAGAGCGCUGACCGUGAGAGCGACCCGGCGGCGACCGAGGCAGAGAUGGUGGUGCGGCCCAAAGUUCGGAAGCAGUCGAGCGAGAGCCAGCUAGAGAAGAGGAAGUGCUCCCAACCGGAGGCCGGCCGCGGGUCCAGGCAGCUCGCCGGCAGCAAGUGCGGAUCUGCCCCGCCGUUCUUCCUGACUCAAACCGGGAGACCCAGGGAGUUUCUCUUUGAUUUCCCUCAGACUGCGUGCAGCGUCUGCGAGUCGACGCCCCUGGAGGGCAAGAGGGAAGACGCGGAGACCGGUCGCAGACCAAAAGCGGGCAACCAGGACGACUUGUGGGAAGAUCUGGAAGACUUCAACGAGAAGUGCGCCUCGCUCAUGAAGGGAGAUGACAGCUCCGAAUGCAGUGAGGGGGAGUGGUCGGCCUCCUGGACCUCGGACUCGGGCGCGGAGAAGGAGCCCUGCUCCAGUGACGGGAGCUGGGAGACGCUGCCGGGCUGCCUGGACGAGCCGCAGGCCGAGCUGCCGAGCAACGGCAGCAGCCCUGACGACGCCGCCGCGGGACUCAACCUCGUCCCCGAGGACCAGACGCCGCUGGAGGAGGGCGAGAUCCCGUGGCUCUCGUACCAGGAGGAGACGGACAGCAGCAGCGACGAGGAGCCCGAGGGGGCCAGCCACUUCGUCCACCCGGGCCUCUUCAUGCUCGACGGCAACAACAACUUCGAGGACGACUCCAGCGCGAGCGAGGACCUGGACGCCGACUGGAGGUUGCUUGACGACUUUGGGGAGGGCGGCAUGGCUCAAGCCAUCUCCUAUGUGGACCCACAGCUGCUCGCUUAUAUGGCGCUAGAAGAACGGCUAGCGGAAGCAAUGGAGGCUGCGCUGGCACACCUGGAGUCUCUGGCCAUUGAUGUGGAGCAGGCCCAUCCCCCAGCCACCGAGGACAUCAUCGACUGCUUGCCUCAGAUCACAGUGCAGGAGGAGCACUACGGUCAGGAGCAGUGCUGUGCCAUCUGCUGCUGCGAGUACGUCAAAGACGAGAUCGCGACCGAGCUGCCGUGCCACCACAUCUUCCACAAGCUGUGCGUCACUCUCUGGCUGCGGAAGUCUGGGACGUGCCCCGUGUGCCGCCACGUCCUGUCUCCUGCCCUUCCUGACGCCCCUGUCCCCGCCUCCUUUGUCCCGGAUCAUGACGCCCCCCCAUCCAACCACAGCGCAGCAGGAACACGAUGAAAAAGAAACCCCGCCCCUGCGCACAGCAUUACGAAAAAGGAACCAUCUUUAUUCUGUAGAGGAAAUCUACUUUUUCCAAUAUCCAUUUUCUGCAGUGUAGCACAUUAUGAAUGGGGCAGAUAUGUUUUGAAUUAUUGACUUAGUUCUUCACAUUUAAUAAUUGCAGGUAAAUGUCCUGAGUGACAGUCUGAACUUAUUUUCUGAGAAAAUAUCGUCAUAUACUGUCUUACUUACUUACUUAUGUUUCUGGGAAGGGCCAUUUAGAGGCUUCACCAGGCUUAUAUUAACAUGUCCA